AAUUUAGCAACUUUUGUCUGUCGUUUGUUGUUUCAUUGAGUUUUAACAUAAUUUAUAAAAUAUAUUUGCUACUGUUUGAGGCACGUUAAAUAUUUAAAUUGGCACAAAUAGAAUCAUACGGAAUUCGAAAGACUGCUAUGUUUUUUAUGUUCAUACUUUUUUGACAAAUACAUUACGAUUAGUUUUGCCUUAAUUCUUUCUAUUUUACCAAGUGCUAACGGUUAAAAAUGGGCGGAAAAGCCGAAAAAGGUACUCCUAAGUACAUCGCUAAUAAGAUAAAAGCUAAAGGUCUACAGAAAUUACGAUGGUAUUGCCAAAUGUGUCAGAAACAAUGUCGUGACGAGAAUGGUUUUAAAUGUCACACAAUGUCGGAGUCUCACCAGCGUCAGCUUUUACUGUUCGCUGACAACGCUUCGAGAUACAUCGACGAGUUUUCCAGGGAGUUUGCUGAUGGAUAUUUAGAGUUAUUGAAACGACAGUUUGGUACGAAACGAGUUAAUGCCAAUAAAGUAUAUCAGGAUUAUAUUUCCAACAGAGAACAUUUACAUAUGAAUGCAACACAAUGGGAGACUCUGACCGACUUUGUAAAGUGGUUAGGUAGGGAGGGGAAGUGUGUUGUUGAUGAAACAGAAAAAGGUUGGUUUGUAGCAUAUAUAGACAGAGACCCAGCGACAAUUGCUGCACAGGAGGCUAAAGUUAAAAAGGAAAAGAUGGAUAAAGAUGAUCAGGAAAGAAUGUUGGAAUUCAUACAGAAACAAGUCGAGAAAGGAAAGAAAGAGAUGAUUACAGAGGAACCUUCGUAUACAGAGUUCAAAAGGGAGAACAGCCAAGAAAGAUUGACUUUAAAUAUUAAUUUGAAGAGGAAACCUGAAGAAAGAUCCGAUCUAACUAAGUCGGCUCUCCAAGCACAGAAGACAAAAGAAGAAUCAUCCUCUAGCAAGAAGAAGAAGAUAGAAGAGAAAAAUAAACAGAGCGCGUUAGAUGCUAUCAAGGAAAUGCAAGAAAAAGCCAGAGAAAGGGCUAAUAGGAAAGACCAUUGGUUAACAGAAGGUAUUAUAGUGAAGAUAGUAACAAAAAGUCUCGGAGAUAAGUUUUUUAAACGGAAAGCUGUGAUUGAUAGAGUUGUCGAUAAAUAUGCAGCUCAUGUUAAACUGGUUGAUGAUAAUGUUAAAUUAAAACUAGAUCAGAACCAUUUGGAAACUGUAAUACCAUCAACGGGUCGUCUGGUAAAGUUUGUGAAUGGAGCAUACAACGGGCAGAAUGGAGUGUUGAAGAAGAUUGAUGUUGAAGGAUACUGCUGUGAUGUGGAGAUUUCUUCGGGACCUCUCUCCGGUCGACUGGUUAAAGGCGUUCAAUAUGAAGAUGUAAGCAAACUGGCUUCAUAACAUUGAAUUAUAUUUUAAAAUAAUUUUAAUCGAUAUUUUAUUACCUCAUACAUCCCCACUGAGGGUCUCAGAG